AUGGAGGGAUGCAAGACUGUAUCAACUCCAUUAGACAACAAUAAAGCUCUCAAGAAGGAAGAUGGCUCACCAAAAGCAGAUGAAUCAAAAUUUCGAAGUCUAAUCGGCAGCCUACUCUAUCUAACUGCUACAAGACCAGACAUAAUGUACGCAGUUAGUCUUCUAUCAAGAUUCAUGCAUGAUCCAAGUCAAGUUCACUACGGAGCAGCCAAGAGAAUCCUUCGAUACUUACAAGGAACAAAACUUUACGGAAUCUGGUACGAAGUCAUGAAUGAGUCAAAACUGAUUGGCUACACAGAUAGUGACUGGGCAGGAUCCAUGGACGACAUGAAAAGCACGUCAGGAUAUGCCUUCACACUUGGAUCUGGAAUAUUUUCAUGGGCCUCAAAGAAACAAGCAACAGUUGCACAAUCAUCAGCUGGAGCAGAGUACAUUGCAGCAGCAAUGACUACAAGCCAAGCUAUAUGGCUUAAAAAAAUACUAGAAGACAUGGGAGAAUCACAGAAGGAAGCUACAAAGAUAUAUUGCGAUAGCAAUGGCGAAAAAUCCAGUAUUUCACAGUAG